AUGAUCUCGAGAUCGUCUCUCGCGCGAACCGCGCAGCAGGCUGCUCGCCGCUCCUGCCGCGUCCAGCGACGAACCUUUGCCGCCGCUGCGUCGACCGGAUCAUACGAGACCUCGGAUGUGACUGGCCUCAAGGUCGCCUCGCGGGAUGCCCACGGCCCUACUACCAAGCUCGCCGUCGUGGCCAAGGCCGGUACUCGAUACCAGCCUCUGCCCGGUCUGACUGUUGGCCUGGCCGAGUUCGCCUUCAAGAACACCCAGCGACGAUCUGCCCUCCGCAUCACUCGCGAGUCUGAGCUCCUCGGUGGUCAAUUGGCUUCCUCCCACACCAGGGAGGCUGUUGUUGUCGAGGCCAGCUUCCUCCGCGAGGAUCUGCCUUACUUCACCGAGCUUCUGGCUGAGGUCAUCUCUCUGACCAAGUACACCACCCACGAGUUCCACGAGGAUGUCGAGCGUGUCCUCCACGCCAAGCAGGCCGCUCUCAACGCCGAUGCCGCCGCCGUUGCCCUCGAUAACGCCCACGCCGUCGCCUUCCACACUGGUCUCGGUUCCUCCCUCUACCCCGGUUCUUCGACUCCCUACCAGAAGUACCUGAACGAGGAGUACAUUGCCAGCUUCGCCGACGUUGUCUACUCCAAGCCCAACAUCGCCCUCGUCGCCGACGGUGCCGCCCCCGACACCCUCUCCAAGUGGGUUGGCCAAUUCUUCAAGGACGUCCCUGCGGCCCCCCGAAGCGGCCAGACCCUCAAGACCGAGGCCAGCAAGUACUUUGGUGGUGAGCAGCGAACGAGCAGCAGCGCCGGAAACUCCGUCGUCAUUGCUUUCCCCGGCUCUGGCGCCGACUCUGCCAAGCCUGAGAUUGCCGUUCUCGCCUCCCUCCUCGGCGGCCAGUCCACCAUCAAGUGGGCUCCUGGCUUCAGCCUCCUCUCCAAGGCCACCGCCGGCACCUCUGGCCUCACGGUCAACACCUCCAACCUCACCUACUCCGACGCCGGCCUUCUGGCCAUCCAGCUUACCGGUGCCGCCGCCUCCGUCCGCAAGGGCGCCGAGGAGACCGUCAAGGUUCUCCAGAGCAUCGCUAGCGGCAACGUCAGCCAGGAGGAUGUCAAAAAGGCUGUUGCCAACGCCAAGUUCACCGCCCUGAACGCCAACCAGCUCCGACAAACCAGCAUCGUCCAGGCCGGCUCUGCUAUCGUCAACAGCGGCAAGCCCUACGACUCUGCCAGCCUUGCCAAGGCUAUUGAGGGCGUCUCUGCCGAGGCUCUCAAGACCACUGCCAAGUCUCUCCUUGAGGGCAAGGCCACCGUCUCCACUGUCGGCGACCUGUUCGUGCUGCCUUAUGCUGAGGAGAUUGGUCUCCGGGUAUAGAGAGGGGUCCAAGAGAGAGAAAAGCUUGUACCAACAGUCAGAGUUUAGAAGAGUUGGAGGAGAGGAUGUCCUCUUUGUCAAUAUUUGUAGUAGAAAUCCUUUUGGUCCACAUCAUACGUCCGCGCUUGGUUCGUGUUGAUGAGCUGUGGUGGGCGAAGGCACUGGGCGGGUUCAUGAAUGAACUCGAGGCCAGUAGUUGCCCGUCCUAUGUGUCAGUGACAUGCAGAUAUGCAUCAGUGAAUGCGGAGCAUAUCACAAUUCGGCUUAGCAAUGUCGACAGUGAUUGUUUAUUGAGGUGGGAGUUUGUUGUUUCAUGGCCCGUUUGCCCCUCUCUGCCGACAAGGUCGUUGUUGGACAAUGGGAGUUGUUGUUUCAACCUCAAAUUUACAAGACCUGC